GUCCCUGGCUUUGGCUUUUGAAAAACACGGGGACUAUCCUACUUGGGAACCACUGCUCUAAGCAAUGCUCGAGGACAGGAUACCCGAAGAGACUACCUCUCGCAUGCCUGAGAUCAGGAUGCCCCUGAGGGGAACUUCUGCCCCUUGAGAGGCCGCUUUCAAACAAACGCGAGAUACCGUUGGCGAGGAUGGCGGGGGCGCCGCCCGGCGGGUUAAGGCUCUUCCGCCUGCGGCGUCGGGGUUCCAGGAGGCGCGCGAGGGAGAGCUCUGCCCGGAGUCCGUUACCCCGGUUUGCAAAGCGCAGGCCGCGAGCAUGGAACCCGGACGCCGCCAGUUGCGCCUUAAGGAUCGCAGAGCUGGAAUGGCGGGGGUGGGGGAGAGAAGGAAGCUGUGUGGGAUGGGACAGGAGGCACGCGGGCUCUCGAAGCCGCCGCCACCACCACAGGUAGCCCCUCCCUCUUCUCUGCCGCUUCCCCAGCUCCGGCCCCGCCUCAUUAGGCGGAGGGGGUGGCGGUGGGGGGAAGAGAUGGAGGGGGCCGCGGCCGGCGUAAUGCUGCGAAGAGGAAACGAGGGGACGCUCCCAGGCGGCAGAGGCGGCGGCAGCGGCGCCCGGCGGGGUCACGAACUCUGACCUUUCGGCACAAGACUCCCGUUCACCCCCCCCCCGCCCAGAAAACAAUAAUAAUAACAACAGAGCGGCUCUCCUUUCCCACCCCCCUUCUCUGCUCCGUGCAGGGCAAGACGUUAACCCCUCCGGUGCCGCUGCCUCCGCCUGCCUUUAUUCCGCCCCCCUCACCGGGCCGCAAGGUGGGGGGGCAACCCAGGCCUGGCCAGAGACCCGUUGCGAGGCAGCCACCGCCGGGCUUGCUUGGCGCCAAACCCUGAGAAGUUAUUGGCAUCUCUCCAAAAAGGUUCUCUAAUGAUCCUCCUUCACCAUGACAACCAAUAUGGAGGUGCUGGCUCAGCAGAUAGUGGAGACACAGCAGGUGGCUGAGGUGCAAACCGUACAGACAACAUUAUCUGAAUCUCCAGUGAUGACCAGCCCUUCCCAACGCAUCCAGAUAAUCUCCACAGAUUCUUCAGUAGCUUCACCACAGCGCAUUCAGAUUGUCACAGAUCAGCAAACAGGGCAGAAAAUCCAAAUAGUAACAGCAGUGGACUCAUCAGUUUCCCCAAAGCAGCAGUUUAUAUUGGCUAGUCCAGACGGAACAGGAACAGGCAAAGUGAUAUUGGCUGCACCUGAGGCUUCUAAUACCAAGCAACUUAUCUUCACCACCACAGAUAACAUUGUGCCAGGCAGAAUACAGAUUGUGACUGACUCUGCCUCUGUGGAACGUUUGUUGGCUAAAACUGAUGUCCAGCGACCCCAAGUAGUAGAAUAUUGUGUUGUCUGUGGAGACAAGGCAUCAGGUCGUCACUAUGGUGCUAUCAGUUGUGAAGGAUGCAAAGGCUUCUUUAAAAGGAGUGUGAGGAAAAAUCUGACCUAUAGUUGCCGUAGCAACCAGGACUGUAUCAUCAAUAAACACCAUCGGAAUCGCUGCCAGUUUUGUCGGCUAAAAAAAUGCCUUGAGAUGGGAAUGAAAAUGGAAUCUGUACAGAGCGAAAGGAAGCCAUUUGAUGUGCAACGUGAGAAGCCAACGAACUGUGCUGCUUCAACAGAAAAAAUCUAUAUCAGAAAGGACUUGAGAAGUCCUCUAAUAGCAACCCCAACUUUUGUAGCAGAUAAAGAUGGGGCUAGAUCAGCUGGCCUUCUUGAUUCAGGGAUGCUUGUGAAUAUUCAGCAGCCGCUAAUAAGAGAAGAUGGUACAGUUCUCCUGGCUACAGAUUCCAAGGCUGAGACAAGCCAAGGUGCCUUGGGGACGCUAGCAAAUGUUGUAACUUCACUUGCCAGUCUCAAUGAGUCGCUUAAUAAUGGAGACACUUCUGAAAUUCCACAAGAAGACCAAUCUGCAAGUGAGAUCACUCGUGCAUUUGAUACUUUGGCUAAAGCACUUAACACCACAGAUGGAGCAACGGCUCAGAAUCUGGCAGAUGGGAUGGAUCCCACAGGUGGUGGGAACAUUCAUGUAAUCAGUAGGGAUCAGUCUACGCCAAUCAUUGAAGUUGAAGGACCCCUCCUUACAGAUACUCAUGUGACAUUUAAGUUAACCAUGCCAAGCCCAAUGCCAGAGUAUCUGAAUGUGCAUUACAUUUGUGAGUCAGCAUCCCGCUUACUUUUUCUUUCCAUGCACUGGGCUAGAUCCAUUCCUGCUUUUCAAGCACUAGGGCAGGACUGUAAUACAAGCCUCGUGCGUGCAUGCUGGAAUGAACUGUUUACGUUAGGCCUUGCCCAAUGCGCACAGGUGAUGAGCUUGUCAACUAUUCUGGCAGCCAUUGUCAACCAUCUACAGAACAGCAUACAGGAAGAUAAACUUUCCGGAGACCGAAUAAAACAAGUGAUGGAACACAUCUGGAAGCUUCAGGAGUUCUGUAAUAGCAUGGCUAAGCUUGAUAUUGAUGGAUAUGAAUAUGCUUACCUUAAAGCUAUAGUCCUCUUUAGUCCUGGUAAGGCAUUUGGUAAUUAUUCCCUUCUCUUAAAUUCUGUUUUGGUGCUCAAUUUACAAGAGGGUAAUACUCUGACACCAGUUAAAUCCAAUGCUGAAGAAAAUGCUACGAAUGAAGAUCACCCUGGUCUCACAAGCUCCAGCCAAAUAGAAAAAUUCCAGGAGAAAGCUCAGAUGGAGUUACAAGACUAUGUUCAAAAAACGUAUCCAGAAGAUACUUACAGACUAGCCCGGAUUCUAGUUCGCCUGCCAGCACUUAGACUGAUGAGCUCUAGCAUUACUGAAGAACUCUUUUUUACUGGGCUCAUUGGAAAUGUUCCAAUAGACAGUAUCAUCCCUUACAUAUUGAAAAUGGAGACAGCAGAAUAUAAUGGCCAAAUAACAGGCUCAUCUUCCUAGAAGAAAUCAGUGCGUCUUCACAGAUCAACCAAGUAAUCAUAAGUCACUGAUUAACCUUGGCAUUGUGUAUAAAUAUUUUGAUCAUGUUCCCUUUUCUUGUUAAAUUUAUUCUUUUCCACAUUGAAAGAACAACUUAUUCCUAUCAACAUUGAAAAACAAGAUUUUAAAACCUGCAAAAAACGCUUUUUCUAGGAUUCACUUCUGCCAGAAGAAAUACUUUAAUGCCUUUUGAUGAAAGGGUUACAGGGAAUUGCUGAGCAAGAUUUUUAUUUGGAAAUUAUCUGUGAGCAAAAAAAGGUUCUAUAAUAUCAGAAUACUUAUUAAAAAGUACUUAAGUAAGAAUGCUGGCUUGGAUCCAAAGAACUGCAGGUGGAGUUCUGCUCAUUAAAUGAGUCUCUCUCCUAAUCCCUCUUCCUUCAUGCAGCCACGCCAAGUCACUCCUAAGCAGUAACAACCCAUGCAGCAGUGCAGGUGGGGCACCACUGCUCUUGAUUUUCAGACACAGUAUGCCACUGGCACACUCUCUAUUCUCCACAGGAUGGAGAGGGGUGAGCAGCUCAGGGCUGUGUAGGCACAUGAGGGCAUGUGUUUGGCUCUGUCAUACCACACAAAUCUGAUUGGCAAGUCUGAUUGGUUCUUGCCACCCAGCCCCAAGUUGCUCACUGGAGCAAGACUGUUUGAGCCCAACUGCAUCCUGGCUGCCAAUUGCACUGGCUGCCAAUUAGUUUCCAGGCCCAAUUAAAGUGCUGGUUUUGAUCUAUAAAGCCUUAAACGGCUCAGGAUUUCAAUACUCCAAGGACUGCCUCUCCCCUUAUAAACCAACCUGGACUCCUCACUCCUCAUCUCAGGCCCUUCUUCAUGUGCCUUCUUCAUGAGUGUUGCAGAGGGUGGCAACCCAAGAACGGGCCUUUUCUGCACUGGCUUCCCAUUUGUGGACUGCUCUCCCCAGGGAGAUCCAUCUGGCGCCUUCAUUGUACAUUUUUAGACACCAGGCGAAAGUGUUCCUCUUCAAUCAGGCCUUUAGCUAAUCAAUAUUCUAUGGCCUUUUAAAUGUAUUUGUGGGAGAUGGGGUUAUUGUUUUCUUCUCAACUAUUUAUUUUGUGUUUUUAUCCUGCAUUUUUAUCUUGUGAACAGCCCUGAGAUCUUCAGCUGAAGGGCUGUAUAUAGAUUUAAUAAUAUAAAUAAAUAAACCCCCAGGUAAUCGUCAGUGAUGCACUGUGUUCAGAAGCCAGGAGAGCAGUAGUGUCCUUAUCUAUGCCACCACAUGGGCUGCUACUGCCUAAGGGUCAGGUCAUGCUCCAGAGUGCCACAUGGAAAGUUGCAGCUGGCAGAGAAAAUUGUCAACGCACUCACCCUUGAGCAAGCAGGAGUGCUUUCACUUGAUUAAGGGUUCUUUGUAUCCAAGCCCAUAUUUUAUAUAUUUUAAUUUAUAUUUUAAAAUUACCAGGAUGUAGUCAUUAUCAGCACUUUCAAAGCACUUCUUGUUAAAGCUAUGAUUUUGUCAUCCUCUUGCUUGUAUGAGCAAGGUAAGUGAUUAAUAGCAUUCAGGGUAAAUGAAUAAUUGUGUUUUAAAUGCAGUCAUAUGCUAGUGAUUUCUGUGAAAACAUGGAAGAGCUGUGGGAGACAAUCAUUUAUGCUACAAAAUUCCAAUUGUAUGUGUUUAUUAAUAGUGUGAUCCUUUCCAUGAGAUUUCUAUACUAUUUGAAGUUAAACUUUACUAAAUGUUUACAGCAUAAGUGACACAAGAUUUAUGGCUUUGCUGUCAGCUGAGUAAGAUGCCGUAGAAGUUAUUCACACUAGAAAAGAGCAUUCUAACUUCUUGGCUUUGUAAAGGGUAACCAUUGAGAUUUUCGAGCCUGGUGCUGUUUACUUAUAAAUGCUGUAGCAUAAGAUGCCUUUUUAUUGUGCUGCAUCAGUCGCUAAGUGAUGAGGAUGCUAUCAGUUUCAAAAACAGCAAAUGUGUUCUUUAGUACAUUAUAAUUUCAAACUCAUUCAUUCUGUCUGACACUUGAGAAUACUAUUUUGGCAUAUCACAUUGUCCAGUACUGUGGUUACUUCAGAAUUUGAGGCUUAGUCUUUUUCUUAAAGGUUAGAAACUCUGUUUUGCGGUCCAAAUCCUAUAUGUGUCUACUCAGGAGAAAGUUCCACUGGGUUCAGUGAAACUUACUCCCAGGAUUAUAGCUGCUCUGAGCAAUCCCUAGCUAUGGUAAGUCAGUGUAACUUAAAACAGCUUGAGUUUCCCCAUCCCAAACCCCUUUCAGGAGGAAUUCGACUGACACUGCCUUUUUCACUUGUCACAUUAUGCCAGGUUGCUAGGUCACAUGACCCAGUUGAAAGGGGGUUAGAAUAGGUCUCCCCUUGCUCUGUCGUGUCCCUUUGGGGGGACUUAUGAUAGUUCCACUGCUUGCCAUUUUCCAACCUCCACUUGCAAUACAGCAUGUUAUAUUCUGAGCAACUUUGCGCAUGGCAUUUUCUCUACCUGGGCAUAAUUCUGUAGGAAAAAGUUAGCAGUCAGCUGCAUGCAUAUCAUACAGCUGCCCAUUUCCACAUGCUUGCAUCUGUUCAGGUGUGCUUUGUUCUACUGUAUCCAAACACACAUAAAUCUCUUGACAAAAUAGACAUUUCAAUGAUUUCCCCACUUUCCAGGGCUCAUGGAAAUAUAUUUCUACAGAGAUCUUACCUCUAUAUAGAAAAAGUAUCAUGCAUGAAGGGGGACUCCCUGCUCCCAUAACAUAACUUUGUGGAUUCUUUUUAAAGUCUGGAGUACUAAGAAAUAUUUAUUGUGUCAUAACCUGUCAAAAUGCUUCCAAGGGCUGGCCAUUUUCUGUUUGAUCUGUGUUGCUUUAUUUUUAAGAUAAUGUGUUGUUAAUUACACAAAAACAACUCAGAUUGCUCUUCAGUUGAGAUCAUAUUCCAACAAGGUUGUUUUUUGUCUUUCUAGUUAAGCUCUCAGGUGGAAUGUUGGAGGGAUGUCUUACAGGACCAGUCACAGUUCAGUCACCUAUUUACCCCCAUUCAUAAGAAUCUUCAUUUAUAACCUACAUUUCAGGAAGGAGUUCAGUGAUUACUUAAGCUGGCAUAGCCUCGGAGAUCAUUAAACUACACUGCUCUAAAUGAUGAUUCGCUUAGUAAGCUCCUGGGUGUAUCCAAAUCAAUUACACUUCCUACUUUUAAAAAUGUUUAAAAAACAGGGUGAGAUACAAAGUAAUGCAAGUGGCCUUCACAGUGGGCUAUUUCUUCCUUUUCCCCAUUCCGAAUCUCCAAAACUUGUUUAUGAGAAUUGGGAGGCCCUCUGGAGCAGUUUUUAUGGGGGCACAGGGGGCUGGAGGGUAGAGAAGAGACUCCAGAAGCACCCUUGUACAAGCAGAUUUCUAUUGCGUAAGUGGACAGACAACAUUGGGUGUCACUUCCUUUAAUUCACACAAGAACUGCUUCAGAGGAAGUGAAACAGUGUUGUGUUUCCUUGACUUACUGUUUAGCUCUGACUUUAUUCCUAAAAUAAUUUAUGCACUUGCAGUCAAUAGUACUGUGAGCACUGAACGUCUUUCAGUAAAGAAAAUACGAUGUCAAAAUCAUGAUUAAAAUUAAUCAACUCUUGUCUUAAUUAAAAAUGACAAAAGACCCAACAUGAUGAGCCUACUAUACUAUUGUGGUAUAAACAAAUUAAGAUAUAAUCAUAUAUUUUAUAGUAUGUAUAGUGUCAAGACUUGAGUGUGCACUUUUAAUGAAGAAAUUUGUAAUUUACAUGAUAAAAUAUCCUAAAAAUAAUUUUAGUACAAUUUUGAGACCAAAAAUGAUUCCUUAUAAAACUCAGAGGAGCAUAUACUUUUAAAAGUGAUGUCUGCUACACUGAAAUCUGUGUGUUGCAGGUUUGCACAGCUUGAUCCACAAACCUUAAAUUAAAUUAGUUCUGCUUUAUUUUGGAUCCAGCUGAAGUACUGUUUUUAAAUAGUGUCAUUUAAUGACUGCUAUGAAAUAUUUCAAUAUUUAAUUUUUUGCGAAAAGGCACCUGUUUCGUCAUUCACUGUUUCCCAUCUAGCCUAGCUUCCAUAUUCUUAAGGGGAAAAAGGUGUAUGUAAUUGCUCAUUGUUGAUUAUAGUUCAGAUUGUCUAGGGUUACUUAGUAAGCAUCCUUGGAAGCAAGUUCCUUUUGAGAUCAGUAAGAUACAUGUAUUUAUCUAUCUAUCUACAAGAUUGGAAACAUUAGCAUUUAAAACAAAUUUACUGUGUGCCCUGUUAAUUGUUAAAUAAGAUGGCAAUCUUGAGUUUAAUUGAUUUCAGAUGGGCUUAGACAUGCAUGUCUAUUAGUCUGAAGCCUCAGUGGAUUAUGGGAGAGCCUAUGUGGCAAGCCAACUAACAUCAUGUUCUCCCCCAGAGAUUCGCUUGCCAUGAGUUACAGGGGUUCUGAGUUCUGCAAAUAGUUUCUGUGAAAGGAGAGUCAUAAUUUAAAAAGUAUGUGUCUGUAGGUGUUCCUAUUUCUUCAAAACCAACUUGUGAUGUAACAUUGGAGGGAGGAAUAAUAUGCCUUUGAUGGGGGAGGAGUCAAAUAAGGUCUACCCAAGCUCUUGAGCUCCCCUAAAGAAGUGCUUUGGAUCCCGGCCAUAUUUAUUUGUGUGUAUGAUGUUUUAUGUGCUUGUAUCUAACUUAGUCUGGUAUAUUAUGUACAGUGUAAUAUAAACCGUGUAUGUAUGUAUAUAGAACUAUGUACAGUCAUGUAAUCAUAUAUAUCAGAUUUCUAUAUGUUAACAAAAAAAAAGAUUUAUAAAUGCAUUGCAAAGAUUGAGCUUCCUAAAUUUUAUUUCUUGCUCAAAGCUCAGUCCUGGUAUGAUCAUUUGCAUCUCACGUUCCUUGGUAGAGUAGGUACCUGUUUCUAAACCCAGGAUGUAUUUGCACUUUUUCUUAGAUACUGAAACUAUUUAAUAGUUCCACAUCUUAUUUCUAAAUACACACAAGCCCUGUUGAAAUGAAAUGAGGUUGUGCAGUGAUAGUGUUUGGUGAAUUGCAUCUGUGGACCAUAAACAUUUCUUAUGUUAUUGACAACAUGCAAAGGGGGUUUUUAAAACUCUUCUGAAAGGUUUUGCUUUUUUUAAAUAUAUAUAUAUAUAUAUAUAUACAGUCUUCUUUUCUAAAGCAUGUAAAGCUUCAUCACUGUGUUUAUAAUGUCUGUAUGUCCCUUGAAGUUGCUAAUGAGAAGGAACAAGGUUGCUGCACAACAGAUGUGUGUAGUUUUGUAUUGACAACCAUCUUGUGUAACUGAGCAUAAGGCAAACUGCAGGAGUAGCGUCAUAAAUGUCACUAUCUGCUAGCUACGUAAUACAUGGCACCAUAUCUUUCCUGGCAAAUAUAAUGCAUUUCUUUUUAGAGACAGACCACUAAAAGGAAUAUUUUUU